AUGCUCUUUGCCAAGUCGUUCCUCACUACCUCUGUCACCCUCGGGGCCCUUGCCUUGGUCUCGGCCUCGAGCCUCUCGAGCACCUCCUGCCCGCUGAACCAGCUCGCCUGCUCUGGCUCGGUCCCCUCGUGCUGCGCCUCGCAGAACGGCCAGCUCGUCCUUGCCGUGCAAUGGCUUCCCAACUACUGCGCCUCGGCCACUUGCCCGUCCGAUGUCGUCGCCAGUAUUCCUGCCAAUGCCUGGACCAUCCACGGUCUCUGGCCCGACACCUGUUCCGGCGGCCUCACCAACUCCAACGGCUGCGACUCCACCCGCCAAUACACCGACAUCAGCUCCAUGGUGACCGCCGACACCCUUGCCAAGAUGACCCAGUACUGGAUCUCGUACAAGGGCGUCGACAUGGCCAGCUACAACGCCUUCUGGGUCCAUGAGUGGGGCAAGCACGGCACCUGCUACUCUCCCGCCGCCGUGAGCUGCACCGGCAGCGGCAAUGAUGUCGAGACCUACGUCCAGGACGUCUUCACCGUCUAUGAGAAGUACAAUGUCUACAACGCCCUGGCCAGCGCCGGCAUCGUUCCCUCCGAGACUACCACGUACACUGCCGCGGACUUCCAGAACGCCCUUAACCAGGCCUUUGGCCCCAUCACUGUGGUCAUGACCUGCACCAACGGCUACCUAACCGAGAUGGACAUUCACUUCUGGGCCAUCAGUGGUGGACAGAUCGUCACCCCGGACGGCCAGGGACAGAGCCAAACCUGCUCGGGCGAUAUCUACUACGUCCCCGGUCCCAACUCUCCCACCACUACCACCACCGCUCCCACCACCACCACUACCACCAUCAAGACCACUACCACCACCAAGACCACCACCACUACUGCCACUCCCACCCAGACCCGUCCUCCCUGCCAGCACGACAAGUGUGUUCCCGGCAACAAGCUGAACGCCGCCUGUGAUCCCUGUGUCGCCGCCAUCAUGGCCGUCGACAGCCACUGUGCCAACGUUGGCUGGAACAAGGCCUGUGUUGCCGAGGUCGGAACCGUCUGCGGCAUCCAGUGCUAA